AUUGUAUCAUAAUCGUAAAUCCAUAUAAACAUUAUGACAAUUAAUUCCUAUGGCUACGAUAAUAUUAAUAGUAAUUGAUUAAGAAACUAAAUCAAGAGUAAAGAGUUAACAACCAAAUAUUAAAUUAAGGUGAACACGAAAAUAAAUUGUUAUCAGUUAAUUAUGACUUUGAUUAUUACUAGGAUCUGUUAAUUGUAACCUUGAUUAGUGAUGUGUCAACAGUUGAUUUGAUUGUAUAUUCAAUUAAAUUGCCUUUCUGUUGAUACAUAUUCAAGUAUUGUGAACGGAUUAACUUGUAGAUUAAUUGUCAAGAUACAAUUUGAUACAUUUAAUUGUUACUGAUUGAUUUGUGAUAAUAAAUGAAUUACAUUAAUCAAUAUUUCACUUAAUUGUAGUAAUACCAUUAAAGUGUUGUCACUUUAAUUGUUGAUUAAAUUGGACAAUCAAAGGGCCAAUUAAUCACAGAAUUGAGCUGAAAAACAGAGGAAACAGUUGACAAUUAGUUUAAUUGUAGUUUGGAAAAGUUUUUUAGGCUUAAAUUGAUUUAUAAUUAAACAUGUUAAUGAUCUCAGAUUAAGGAAAUAAUUGACAACAAUUAAGAAAAUUCAAUUGGAAUCAACCAUAAGAAAGUUAAUUGUUAAGAUAGAAAAGAUAAUCAUUAUAACAAUUACUUUUGAUUCUGAUUAAUAGACUAUGAUUAUGAUAUUACAAUCAAGUAAUUGUUGAUGAUUAUGAAAUGUGAGCCUAAAUUAAGUUUAUCACAAAAUUUUGAUUAUUUUUGUAAAUUGUUACUUUGGUUUUCACUUGUUCACUUUGAUUACUACAAUUAGCAUUCACUUAGUUUUUUUUUCUUGUAAUUAGAUUAACUCAUUGGAUUAACUUUGUUUCUGUUAUAUUUAUUAAUACAUACUGAUGAUAAGUAUGAUUAAAUUGAUCAUUCUAAUUGUGCUGUUAACACCAAAGGAAAUUAAAUCUAAUGAUGAGUACAUGCAAUCAUCUGAUUCUUAUAUGUCACAACAAUCGUGUUCGUGUCCACCAUUAAAGCCGAUCAUCAAGUAUAUCGCCGUCGAAGUGCCCAAAAUAGUCCAAGUGCCAAGUCCCGCGCCACCGCCGAUUCCGAUGCCUCCACAACCAAUGAAACCACGAACUAAAUUCAUCGCUAUUCAAGAGAUUCAAGUUCCCUCUCCUGCCUCGGGCCCAAUGUCCGGUUGGGGUGGCCAAAGAUAACCAAUGGACAAGAUGUUAAUCGUGAGGAUUAAUCAUCUAAUUUUUGGCCGAUUAUCAGAUUACCGGAUUGAAAAUCUAUCACCUUUAAAAGGAGGUUAAAACCUUAAACAUUUGAAAGAUUAAAUUAGAAAAAUUAAUCACUAAUCAUAAUCUUCCCAAGCUAUGUAAUGAUACCUUCUAAAAGUCAAUCAAUUUACCCAUUAAAUUAUCAAUUCUAAACUGAUUAGAAUUGUGUUCAA